AUGCCGCUACCUCACUCUAAGCCCAUGCCACCGUAUUGGCUCUCGUACACUUCCAAUCUGUCGAAACACCGGACGACCGAGGACCUCCCUCAAGAGGCAGACGUCGUGGUGAUCGGUUCAGGCUACGUCGGCGCUGCAUCCGCCUACCACAUCUUGGAGAAGGACGACGCUGGCACGCGACCGUCGGUCGUCAUACUUGAGGCCCGAGACGUGUGCUCGGGGGCCACGGGACGCAAUGGCGGGCACCUUAAGCCCGACGUUUAUCUGAAUGCGGCUAUCUACGAAAAGAUGUUCGGGCCGCAAGUAGCUGAGGAGCUGACAAAAUUCGAAGUGCAGCAGGUCAUGGACGUCAAGAGAAUGGUCGAGAAGGAGCAGAUCGACUGUGAUUUUGAACUCACACGCGCCAUCGAUGUGUUUGUGGACCGUCGAGUAGCCGAACCCACGAUCGCCGCGUAUAAGGACAUGAAGGCCAGAGGGUACCGUUUCCCAGAUGACCUCCACUUCAUCCAGGAUCCGAAGAAGGCCGAACAAGUUUCCGGAGUCAAGGGAGCACUGGCAGCCUUCACGUUUACAGCAGGAUCUCUCUGGCCGUAUAAGUUGGUCUCUCGUCUUCUGCGCCGCUGCCUGGAGUGGGGAGCGAACCUGCAAGCAAAUACUCCCGUCACUGCGAUCUCGAGCUCACCCGGCAGCGAUGGCCGGUGGGCUUUGAGCACUCCUCGCGGCGAGAUCAAGGCAGGCAAAGUCGUCCUUGCCACGAACGCAUAUCUCUCGACGUUGAUGCCUGAAUUUCGCGACAGAAUCACCCCAGCAAGAGGAGUCGCGUGUAGGAUUGCCGUGCCGGAGCAGGGAAGGAUGGCUCCUCAUCUGAACAACACCUACGGCAUCAGGUACGGGCCUCAAGAGUACGAUUAUCUAAUCAGCAGGACGGAUGGCAGCAUAGUCGUUGGGGGUGCAAAACAGGUCGUCCUGCAGAACGACUCCUACUGGCGUGACAACAUUGAUGAUUCACAAUUGAUGCCCGGCGCCGAGGGAUACUUCACUGGGUACAUGCAGCGGAUGUUUCACGGCUGGGAGGACUCCCAAGCACAAGUUACGGACAUUUGGACGGGCAUCAUGGGCUACUCUUCAGAUCUCAUGCCAUGGGUUGGAGAGAUGCCUGGAAGACCCGGCAUCUUUGUAAACGCAGGCUUCACUGGUCAUGGAAUGCCGCGAAUACUCGGUUGUUCUGUGGCAAUCGCGUCGCUUGUCCGAGGGGAUAUAAAACACAUGAGUCAGACAGGAUUGCCGGCGCCGUAUUGGAUCAGCGAGGAAAGGCUGACAUCGAAAAGAAACAUCGCCCGUGAAUAUAUGGCGGGCUCUCGACCUUCACUAUGA